AUGGGCUCCCUCGCCACCUUGGAAGACUUCCUCGAGAAGCACCCCUCUAUCAAGACCUACUCACCUUCCGAUGAGACUUUCCACUCCCUCCGCCAGACAUUUGUUUCUACCCCCGCCAUUCCGCGGCUCAUCGCCCGUCCUCAAUCUGCCGAAGAUGUCGCAGCUCUGGUGUCCCACUGCAGCAAGACCUCGACGCCCUUCGUCAUCCGCUCAGGCGGGCAUGACAUGUCAGCCCGCUCAACCGUCGACGGCAUCCUGCAGAUUGAUAUGCGCGACAUCAAUCAUGUCAGUGUCUCUCCCGACAAGAAGUCCGCACGACUUGGAGGCGGGGUACUAAAUGCUGAUCUACAAGCCGCGCUGGAGAAGGAGGGCUUGAUGACGCCGACUGGCACGGUGGGAAGCGUUGGGUACGUUGGAUGGGCUACGCUGGGAGGCUACUCGUUUUUCACCGCCAGCGUGGGUUUGGGAGUUGAUCAGAUUCUCGGAGCUAAGGUUGUGCUGGCGAGCGGAGAGCUGAUCGAUGCCGACGAGGAGCUGUUAGUUGGAAUCCGGGGUGCCGGGCCAGCCUUGUGUGUUAUUGUUGAGAUUGAGAUCAAGGUCUACCCAAAGACCGAGAUCCAAGGCGGCUUGAUCAUGUUCGACUCAACCGACUUCGCAGGCACCAUCAAGACGUUCUGGACGAACUGGGCCAAGCUUCGAAAGGAAAAGACCCUGCCAGACCUACUUUGCAUUCAGCCCGCCGUUGUCGAGGUCCCAGGAAUGGGGAAGAAAUUCGCCUGCGCUUUCACCUGGAAUGGUCCUGCGUCGGAUGAGUCAGACGCCUGGCUCGAAGAGAUCUGCAAGCUUGCUCCCGUGGCGAUGAAGAUGGUCGCGCCGACGAGCCCCUCCGCUAUGAUUGCGCAGGUCACGGCCUUGACGUCUCCGACGACUAUCCCCGGCAGCUCCUACGGCGUCAGCACCAAGACGCUUGCCCUCUCGGAGGGCAUGGCGGACUUGUAUGCCGAGUUUGCGACGAAGCUUCCUGGAGACGGUGCGUUGCUGAGUAUGCACCAGCUGCGUGGCAAGGCAUCUCGCGAUGACCAUCUGCCUGGUGUGUUCAGGUGGCGCGAGGAGCACAACUUGCUGGAGAUUGUCGGGCUUACGGUCACGAAGGAGAAGAGCCAAGAAGCCAAGGAGUGGGCGGAUGGGUACAGGGAUGCGCUGGUCAAGUUGGAUGGGGUGAUUGAGGGGGGGUACUACUCGCUGCUGCCGAAGGGGCAAUUUGCGAUGGAGGUGGUUUAUGGGGAUCACUGGGAGACGGUCAAGAGGCUGAAGGAGAAGUUUGAUCCGGGGAAUGUUUUCAAGUUUGCAUUCGGGAAGUGA